UUUAUAACAGAGGAAGAGAAUGCAGAAGUGGGCAACGAAAGUGGAAGCAGUGGUCUUGGAGGUGGUGCAGUGGCAGGAAUAGUCAUUGCUAGUGGCCUGAGUCUCCUGCUGAUACUAGUAACAGCUGUUGUCUGUUACUGUUAUAAAGUUUGGAGAGGGCGAAAAGCUGGCUUAGAUAACUUUGUCGCCAGCCGUAACGAGGCCUACAGCAGUGUGAUGUCUCCCGAUCGCAGUGGAACUCAGGGUAGAUCCAUCACUACGACAAGUAACGAGGCCUACAACGUAGUGACUCACACGGCAAGAACAGAAUCUGAUGUUAUUGCCACGAGUAGCAAUGAGGCUUACAUCUCAGUCUAUAAUGUCAGUGGAAGGGUCCAGCCUGGUUCCAUCCCCACAAGAGACAAUGAAGCCUAUCAAAGAAAUAUACACUAUUAGCAGCAUAAUUAUGGAUUCUUUCCCUGCCUGUAUCUAUAUGCUUACCCAAACCCACCUAUUCAUAAUAUUAUUAUGCAUUACAGCAAAAAUUACCUCGCGUUUAGCUAUGCACUCAAAAAUACGAAACAUAUUUUGCCACUUAGCAAAUACUGACUCACACAGUAAGAAUAUUCAGAGUCUAUAGCAUGCUACUGAAUGGAUAUACCUUGUUUUAUCACAGCAAUGAGACAUACCAAAUUUGUUUUUCAUCAACAAUGGGCAUAGUAAAUUGAUGGCAAUGUAUCGGCAAAGACAAUUAACUAAUCCCUGACUCAUUUAGGUAAACAACACAUGGUAGUUGCUACAAAACUCUAUAGCUCCAGAUAAAUUCACAACACCAUCAUGGCAUAAUCCAUAAAGAAAAUAGCUAUAAUAUAGUGGGCUAGUAAAUGUUGGGGGCAGACUUCUCGACAAGUAGACAUUAACCGAGGUGAGCCGGCCGCGAUGCGCGCAUGCGCCUUGGCGAAAGGGCACGUGGUCGGGGCAGUUUGCUAGUUUGCUCGUCGCCAGGUGGAAGCUCCUCUCUGGCGUGCUCGUUUUUUCUUUCUUUUUCUCUCCAUCCCUUCGGGGGUGUGAUCAGGACUGGGUUU